AAAGGAGCCAUGUCCCCGGCGCGACAGCCUCGGCUGCUGUUGCUGCUGCUGCUGCUGCUGCUGGAGAGGCCGGAGCCGGGCGGGGGACCGAAGAGGAAGGGACGGCAGCGGCUCUGCUGCCCGAGCCAAGCAGACCAGCCGAGCCAUCCCUGAGCGCCCGGGGGGUGGUGGUGGUGGCAGAGGCGGCAGCGGCCCCCGCCACAGGAUGGUUGUCUGGCAGUAAUUGUUGCAAAUCCACCAAAGCCUUGAUGUUUGGUUUGUGAAAUUGACACAGCGGAAUCCACAAGGAAUGGAGAAAUCGGUUUCUACUGCUUUAUCAGAACAGGAGAAAGAGCAUGAGGAUGACCAAGGAAAAGCUGUGCCAAUGACCCUUGUGUCAAACAAAGAGGAUCUUAUUGCCCUUGAGUAUCCCCAAGAUGAGGUCAGCCUUUCUCACGGUAUCAUAUCUAUCACAACUCAGAAGAAAGAAGCCUGCAACAAGACAGAAGACUGCUUAAAAUUCAGGAAAGGCUGUUGCAAAGCAGAUCCUAACAGGUCCGUGGAUCAAAGAAGCACGAAUGUCUUGUGGGAUUGCUCUACGCUGGAGACAAUGGGUAGUGUCUCCAGGGAAGAAAGCACUUUAGAAAAACUUUCUGGUUUGAAGGAUUCAAUGAACUCUAAAGAAGCUGAAUGGCGAAAUCCUUGUAACCCAAAGGAAUUCACUUCUGCAAUGGAAUCCAAACUCAUAACAAUGCUGCAGGUGAAUACUAAGGAUUUAGGAAGGGAGACCGAGCACUUACACUCUCAGGCUUCACCACCACUUGUUGGAGUACAGACUGUUAGUGAAGAUGAAAGAUACCAUAGCAGUGAACCAAAGCAUGUAGAUACCUUCAACAAAGAACACUUGAGCAAAAGUCAAGCCUUGGAGAAAGAAGACUUUCACAGAUUUGAUUGGAUUUCUGGGCACAGAGAAGGGCAUGGGCUACUCCCCCAAAAGAAGAGUAAAUCACCAGAUGUAGCAACAAACCUGUCUGUUAAGAGACAAUCUGCGCGAGAAGCUCCUUUGUUGGCUUUGCCAGUAUUUAGAAAAAUGCUAAAUCCCCACUUAAAUAAAGCAAACAGUGUAGAGUGUGUGUUCUCUCCCUGGAAGGGACAGGCAGUGGAUUCUGAUAUAGAUGAAAUAAGUUCUGCUAAUCAAACUGAUUGGGUAUUAGAGAAAUCAGGACUUCAGACAGCUAUGGAUCUUGUUGUCCAUAAACAUGGUUGGACUGUUACUGACAAAGACACUAUGGAACAUGUUCCCCUGAGGUCUGUGGAAUCUCCUUCCUGUAGCACUUUUGAUGAAACAAGACCUUAUAUGUGCAAUGUCCUUUUGGAGGAGCAAGAAAAAGAUGAUGUUGGCCAAGAAGGGGAUCCAACUGUUUACACAUGCAUUGAGUGUAGCAUCUAUUUUAAGAUGAAAGAACAUUUGAUGGAUCAUAUGCUUCAGCAUAACAGAGGAUUAGAUCAGGACAAAGAAGGUACUAGAGAUCUGGAUCAGUUGACCUGUAAUGAGUGUGGAUGGGUUUUUGGGGACAUUGAGUCUCUAGACCGGCACAGGAGGCUUCAUCAGCAAUCAAGAGAAAAGAUCAUUGAAGAAAUCCAGAAGCUUAAUGAAUUAUCAGAUGAAGGGAGAGAUGCCAAGCUACAAUGCCCAAAAUGUGUGUUUGGAACCAAUUCUUCUAAAGUGUUUGUUCGGCAUGCAAAAAUGCAUGUUAGGGAAAGGAAAAAUCAAGGUUUGAAGAAUCUGUUUGGCAGUUCUGCUUGCAAUGAACCACAGAAUAGCUCUAUACACAACAUGCAUAAACAUUUAAGGCUAAAUGAACAUAUAUCUCAAGUUGCACACGAUGCACACAGUAGAAAUAAAAAGCUUAGCAUUUGCACGCUUUGCAGCUUCCCUGCACCAGAUGAAAAGAUUUUAAAAGAACACAUGGAAUAUGCUCAUUCCCACCUGCCAUGGAACAUAGAGACUUUGGAAGCAGACAUGAACCAACCUGGGACUAGUAGGGAUGACUAUAACCCUAGCAAGUCAGGACGAUUUUUGGAAAGUGAUUAUUUGAGCAAAACAGACAGACCCUUUCCACAGUACCACUGUGAAACUAUGCCCCACUACAACUCUUCGUUUGAGUGCACAGCUGGUCACCCGAAAUUUCACAAAACUAACAGCAUAAAGGACAUCCCAAUGCCAGGAUUUCGGGCUAGGAAACGAGCUCCCUAUAACUCCUCACAGAAUGUCUUGACAAUGUCCACUCUUACCUCAUCAAAAGCUCAUUCUCCAUAUGCCUUGAACCAAAUGAGAAAUAAAAGCACAACUCUGCCCCUUGAGACUGAGAGAGAGAAUAUCCAAAGCCAUUCAGGUGGGUUGGAGGAACAACCGUACAAAUGGUUAUCUAUAAACAAUAUUAGGAUGACUGAAGAAGAAUUCCCUUUGACGACAGAAAUAGAAUUAGCACAGAAGAGAUACUUUAAACCUUUUGUUAUUCCUCAAUCUGUCUUGGAACUCAAAAGGACUUUUGCAGGCACUUUGAAGGCAAUGGAUUGUACAACCCUAUCAGCAGGACAGCAACAGCAAUUACAUCAAAUGGUUCCUAUUGUUCUUGUUGAGGAAAUUAAUAUUUAUCCCAAAAAAAGGAAGAAGCCGAAGAUGAAGAAUCUGAGAAAAAAGUUGUCACCUGCAAGACACUUUGGAAUGGAGGAAUCUCUUCCCUUAAGUGUAUUUCUGUUAGAUUCUUCUCUAGAAGGAUCUCUUGAACUGGAUGAUCUUCUGGGUACAGAUUCCACAAUGCUGAAAAAUGAGGAAAGAAAAUGCCCGUACUGUCCUGACAGAUUCCACAAUGGGAUUGGUCUAGCCAAUCAUGUGCGGGGCCACCUGAACAGGGUGGGUGUGAGUUACAAUGUCCGUCACUUCAUCUCUGCAGAAGAAGUGAAAGCUAUUGAGCAAAGAUUUUCCUUCCAAAAGAAGAAGAAAAAAGGUAUUGCAAACUUUGAUCCAAGUACGUUCAGUUUAAUGAGAUGUGAAUUCUGUGGAGCUGGCUUUGACACACGUGCAGGGUUAUCCAGCCAUGCCAGGGCCCACCUGCGUGAUUUUGGCAUCACUAACUGGGAACUUACCAUUUCACCAAUUAAUAUCUUGAAGGAGCUACUAGCCAAUUCAUCUGAACACCCCGUGUUGCAAUAUGUGAUGGAAACAGACCCCUCAUCUCCAAAUCAAGAAAAAGAGAUGCUUGGGUUCGGACCCUGCAAAACCACACUCCCCAUAUCUGAUUACAACAUUUCACAAUCAACUUUUUCCCCUUUCCCUUCUUCCUGGGGAGAUGAGACCAUGCAGGCUUUCAGACAUGUUAUGGUUUCUGAGGAAGAAGAGGAGAUGAUUACCUCAGCGAUGAGCUCCCCACUCCUCCAGAAGAAGAAUUCUCUGGCUGGGUCACUAGAUCAGAUUCCAAACCGAAUAGGAACCUCACUCUCUCCUGAAUCUUCAAGCAACAAGGCAGACUCCCAGGAUGCCAAAUUUACUUCAGGUGACCCUUCAUCUGAAUAUCAAAAGAAAAACAAAUUUCAGGAGAUUAUGAAACCCACCUCAAAUUUUGCAACACCAAACCUCACGAAAUGUGAGGUCUGUGGCACCUGCUUCGAGACCCGCAAGGGCCUGUCCAGCCAUGCGCGUUCUCACUUACGGCAGCUUGGUGUGGCUGAGUCUGAGAGCAGUGGAGCUCCCAUCGACUUACUUUAUGAACUGAUGAAACAGAAAGGAAAAAUGGACAGCAGCCCCGUCUCUCCAAGUCUUAGCAAAAAAUCUGCCUCUCCCAAAGAAAGGUCUGCAGGGUCCUCACGGCCCACACUGCUGCUGCCUCUCGACAAAGCUUCGGAAAGGUCACAAGAGCCACCUGUAAACAAAGCAGUCAAAUCCCCUCCAGGUUUCACCCCCAAGAAUGUUUCCCAACCAGGAUCUCCCAUACUCAAGAAAAUGGCAUCUGCUCUGCCUGGUUCUCCUCCACAAAAGAACCCUGAAGACAAAAGCCCCAAGCUACCGUUGGGCCCUCUGCAGAGUCCACCUAAAACACAGUGGUCACAACUGGAGGAAGAAGGCCCUUUAAAUCUAACUGUAGAUAGUGACUCGGGCAGAGAAAUUGACUGCCAAUUAUGUGGUGCUUGGUUUGAAACCAGAAAAGGGCUGUCAAGUCACGCUAGAGCCCACCUGAGACACCUGGGAGUGAGCAAUCCAGAUGCUAAAGGAUCUCCUAUUGAUGUUUUAAAUGAUCUCAUCAAAAAUGAAGACUUCAAAGGCCGUCUUUCCUCUCUCAUCCAUAGCGAGAGAGACUCAUUAGGGGAGAUUGGGAGUUCUGAUGGACACAGCCCAAAGAGCACAGCUACAGCAACACCUACCACAGGCAUGAAACAAGCACACUCACCAAGGCCUUUGGGCAAACAGCCAUCUAUACUCUCACCUCACUCCCUUCCACCAUCCAAGAAGCUGAAGCCACAUGGGCACAGGCUGUCACUUGUGGCCAGUCUACAAAGGAAACAGGGUCUUUCUUCCAGUGCGUACUGGGCAUCAGAUGCUGAGAUGGCUCCACUCAAUCUCUCUUCUGGUGCAGAACCUGUGCGGGACAUCAGAUGCGAAUUCUGUGGGGAAUAUUUUGAGAAUCGCAAAGGGCUCUCCAGCCAUGCCAGAUCCCAUCUACGUCAAAUGGGGGUAACUGAAUGGUAUGUGAACGGUUCUCCAAUUGACACACUCCGAGAAAUUCUGAAAAGGCGAGCUCAACCUCGGACCAGUACCUCGAGUUCCCCAGCACAUAGUCAGAAGUCAAUUACCCAGUCUGUUCUUGGAGGCUCUCUGGAACCCUGUAGCCCAGGAGAAAGCCACAUGCCUGGGAUCUCUAAGAAGGCACAGCAGCCAGGGAGCCCUAUGGGGCACUCGCCUACCUCUUCGCCUCCCCCAACUGCUAGAAAAAUAUUCUCUGGGCUUCCUUCUUCUUUGCAUAAGAAAUUGAAGCAAGACCAAUUACGAAUGGAAAUCAAGCGGGAAAUGAUCUCUGGGGGACUUCAUAAUGAAUCGCAUCUGUCUGACAGAGCCUGGUCACCACGGGAGGAGAUGUCUCCACUCAACCUCUCUGCUCGUGCAGACCCUGUCCGGGAAAUUCGUUGUGAAUUUUGUGGCGAGUUUUUUGAGAACCGGAAGGGGCUGUCCAGCCAUGCCAGGUCUCACUUACGUCAGAUGGGUGUAACUGAAUGGUCAGUUAAUGGAUCUCCCAUUGAUACACUACGUGAAAUCAUAAAGAAAAAGAACAAGCCGUGCUUGAUAAAGAAGGAGCCAAACACAAUGAGCAUUGAGCUUCCCACAGCUAUGGGAGACGAUGAUCCUAAAUCACCUGGAAAAAUUCUGCAGCCCAUGACAUUGUCUCCACUGGGCGGAAAGACUGGAAAACCAAAUCUUGGUCGGGAUAUGUCCUUGUCACUACUCAAGUCACAGGAGGGAUUCCUGGCACCACUCUCUGCUAAACGGCCACUAUCAGAUGAACGACUGGGUGGCCAUGAAAUGAAGCAUAAAACCUAUAUCCAAACUGAAUUACCAUUCAAAGCCAAGCUCUUGCAUGAAAAGCCCACUCAUACAUCCAGUGAAGCCUGCUGUGAACUCUGUGGCCUCUACUUUGAGAACCGCAAAGCACUAGCCAGCCAUGCUCGGGCACAUCUCAGACAGUUUGGAGUAACUGAAUGGUGUGUGAACGGAUCCCCAAUUGAGACUUUAAGUGAGUGGAUCAAGCAUCGCCCCCAGAAAGCUGGAGCCUAUCGCAGCUACAUCCAAGGUGGCCGGCCCUUUGCAAAGAAGUUCCGCAAUGCUGCUCACCUGCGUGAUGGUGAUCCCUCUGGGAAGAGAGUUGCUCUGAGCCUGCAGGCAGGCAGUCCUUCACUGAUGAGCAGAAGCCUAAGUGGGGAGAUGAUGCCAAACGAACACAGUAAAGCUGUGGAUGGUUGUGGCAGCAGUGAGCGACCUGCAAUCACAUCUCCUUUGUCGCUUGUAAAGGUGGAAGAGCAUCAUCAGCAUAACAUCAACAAGUUUGAACGGAGGCAGGCUAAGCCCAUUGAGGCUCCUCUACAUAGAGAAAAUGAAUCCACUGACUUACAACAGAGGGCUGAAGAGGUCCGCCAACCAGCCCCCAGAGUAAGACCAGUGCCCUCUUUGGUUCCUAGGCCACCACAGACUUCCUUGGUGAAAUUUGUGGGCAACAUCUACACGCUAAAGUGCAGAUUUUGUGAAGUGGAGUUCCAAGGACCCCUCUCCAUCCAAGAGGAGUGGGUGCGCCAUCUUCAGCGCCACAUUUUGGAGACUAACUUCUCCAAGGCUGAUCCGUUGAGAAGUGGGACUGAUAUGCCUGCAGCAGCACCACCUGUAGCUGAAGCCCAAUAGCAAAGCUCUUAGGAAACACCAGCAUUCCAGGCUUUCUGCCUUACAUUUCCAAAUGUACAAGAAUAAUGUUGAACAAAUAGGGGUGAACACAACGUUUGUUUUUCUGGGUUCUAUAGUUUCGCUACAGAGUCUAGGUAUUUGUAGACUUAUUUUGGACUUUAAGAGGCUAAGAGAAGAGUCCAGAUGUUGAGCACUAAAUAAAACCAUGUUGGGUUUUUUUUUUGGGAGAUGUCCUUAUUGACAGCAGUGGCAUUCCACACUAGAGCUUCUUGUGUGUGUUCUGUCUGCACAGAGGGAGGAUGUUUUUUAAAAAAAAGCAAAAAAGAAUUGUCCUUAACCUUCCAGUAAAUGCAAGUUUUUCCAAAGACACACUCUCCUUACAAAGAGAAAACAUGCACUUGCUCUGUUGCAGUUCAUGCUGUAGAAGAUGUUUUGGUGAGAGUUAUGAAUAUGAGGUUUUAGUGAAAGUUGUGAACAUGGGGGGUCAUUUUGAGCCCAAACAUAAACUGGGAGGGUAGAAGCAGAGCUAAUUUGCUGUGUGGGGAAAGCUAUUGAUUCUAUAUGUGACCUUAAUAUAUGUUUGAUUCCUUAGGUGACAAGUCUUUAGUUUCUGUGGACGUUGGAUCCUGUUGUGCAUGUUCACAUCCUCUAAUUGUGUGUAAUGGGGUUCUUCGUCCCAGUACGUUAUAGGGAAAAUCAAGAACUCCUUGACCAUAUACGUUUGCCUCUUCCUUACUUCCUAAUGUCAGUUGGUUAUCCUUGUUUCCUGUGGAAUUUUAUAUGUAGGCAAUCCUACUCUGCAAUACUAUGGCAGUUUGAUUUUGGUAGAGGGGUAAGAUUCUCUUUUAUCUUAAGCCUUGGGCUAAUGAUUGACCUCUGCCUAAAGAUGACAUGUCCUUCUGGCCAGUUCUGAAUUAAUAAAUUAUAUCCAGGAGC